CAAUCGGAUUGCUUUUCUGAUGCUUUCUUAUCCAAUCAGAAUAUGUCUCUCUAAUGCUCCUUCUGUCCUUAUCCAGUCACCUUGCUUGUUUCUCUUUGUCUGGAGUGGAUUGUGGUGAAGUUCAACAGUUCUGGUCUGACGGAUAGAGUUUUGUGUGUACGUGUGUGUGUAUGCGCGCAGGGUUGCCUAGUAACAGAUUUAAUGUAAUAAGGAUUACUCAAUCUGAUCACAAAAUUGUAACUGUAAUAAUCCCCAGAUUACUUACAAAAAUGUGUAAUUGGGAUCACAAUUUCAUUCUUAAAAACAGCUGAUUACAUUUGUGAUAACAUCUAAUACAAAAAGAAUUGUCAGCAUAGCUUUCCUUUAGUGUGCCACCAUGACUGAUCAUGGUCUCAGAGACUGUUGUUAUUUAAACUGGUUGAAUAAAGGGGGUUGAAUAAAUAGGUAAUACUUCCCAAACAUUUCGCCCAGCCCACUGGUCAAUCAGAUCCAGGUUUCAACUUUUUGCUUUGUAGUAUUGUGAUUUCCCUGUCUGCUUUUUAGUAUUGUGAUUUCCUUGUCUGCUUUUUAGUAUUGUGAUUUCCCUGUCUGCUUUGUAGUGUUGUGAUUUCUCUGUUUGCUUUGCGUGUGUAAAGGAAAAGUGCUAUAUGUUUGUUCGACAUCUUGAAACACAAGUGUGAGACAAACUGAGGAAGAAUGAGUCGGCAUGCUUGAGUAAAACUCUAUUUAUAAUAAAACAUGUUGGCCUGUCUGUAGACUAACCACAUUUAUGGCAUGCAUAUUUGCACACUUUAUAUAAGGAUAUUGGAAAUGGAAAAACAGGUCAUUUUCAAAACAAAUGUCAUGCAGUUUAAGGUAAUUAUGGCUACACAACCAAUGAAAAACGUAGAUCAAUAAAAAAAACACAGUGAAAAACUAUUGCCCAGGCCAACACACAUACUGGACAAUACUGACAAAAUAUGCUUACAGUAGCUCUUAAAAGGCUGAAGCCAAAGAUGAUGCCCAUGCUACUCCCAAUAAUGAAGAUGAAGCCCAGGCUACUCACAAUGAGAAAUAUGAUGCCCAGGCUACCCACAAUGAGAAAAAUGAUGCCCAGGCUACUCACAAUGAGAAAAAUGAUGCCCAGGCUACUCACAAUGAGAAAAAUGAUGCCCAGGCUACUCACAAUGAUGAAGAUGAAGCCAAGGCUACUCACAAUGAGAAAAAUGAUGCCCAGGCUACUCGCAAUGAUGAAGAUGAAGCCCAAGCUUCUUACAAUGUUAAAUAUGAAGCCCAAGCUACUCACAAUGUUAAAUAUGAAGCUCAAGCUACUUACAAUGUUAAAUAUGAAGCCCAAGCUACUUACAAUGUUAAAUAUGAAGCCCAAGCUACUUACAAUGUUAAAUAUGAAGCCCAAGCUACUCACAAUGUUAAAUAUGAAGCUCAGGGUACGCGUAAUGAUAAAGAUGAAGCCCAGGCUACUCAUAAAGAUAAAGAUGAAGCCCUGGCUACCCACAAUGAGAAAAAUGAUGCCCAGGCUACUCACAAUGAGAAAAAUGAUGCCCAGGCUACUCGCAAUGAUGAAGAUGAAGCCCAAGCUACUUACAAUGUUAAAUAUGAAGCCCAAGCUACUUACAAUGUUAAAUAUGAAGCCCAAGCUACUUACAAUGUUAAAUAUGAAGCCUAAGCUACUUACAAUGUUAAAUAUGAAGCCCAAGCUACUCACAAUGUUAAAUAUGAAGCCCAAGCUACUCACAAUGUUAAAUAUGAAGCUCAGGGUAUGCGUAAUGAUAAAGAUGAAGCCCAGGCUAGUCGUAAUGAUGAAGAUGAAGCCCAGGCUGCUCGUAAUGAAAAAGAUGAAGCCCAGGCUGCUCGUAAUGAAAAAGAUGAAGCCCAGGCUGCUCGUAAUGAUGAAGAUGAAGCCCUGGCUACUCAUCAUGAUAAUAAUGAAGCCCUGGCUACUCACAUUAAUGAAGAUGAACAUCAUGCCAGUAUAGUUACCCCAUGUAAUAUAAGGUAUUUUGUAAAAAGUAUAAUGCAAUUGUCUUCAAAUAAGGACUUAAUAAGAAAAAUGUAGCUUCUACAAGUAUUUAAGAUUAGUCCUCUCCUUUCAGCAGCAAAGCGUGAGGAGUCAAAAAAAUACCUUCUGACUGUACCGCGCCAAUAUGCAUCUCCACGUAGACCUCCAUGCACCACUUCAGCCAGAGACACAGUCAAGGCUCAAACCUAUAGUCUCCAAACUGUAGUGGACAGCUUGGCACUAUGAAAGAGGGCCUUGGGCAACUGCACCUCCUGGGAGACCCAUCUACAUUGCAUGUUUUUCCCAUGACAUUAGGCAUCUUUAUAAUACAUUGAAGGCAAACCAACAGGCCAAACUAUAGAAACCCCAUCCGUCAAUGUAUGUUUAAAACCCUAGGAGGCAUUUCUUGUUCCAGUCAGACAAGGAAACAGCUGCUACUGUGCCCAUGAGUGUUACCUGGUUCCACACCAAGUUACCUGGUUCCAAAAUCCUUAAUCCUAUGACUACAAUAUAACAUGCUUUUCUAAAUGUUAAAAGACAUUGAUCUGCUAUUGCAAAAGUAUAAUCUCAGGUGUUAUAUUAUAAAUAAUUAUUUACGUGUUUUCGGAUGUUAGAAGUGAAGCCACUUUAGAUACAGUCCACCAGUUGUCCGUUUGUUACUCUUUCAUUAACAAACGGACAAUCAGUCAAUCGCUUUCAUUUUCUUGUAACUCAUGUACUUAAUUUUUUGUAUAAUCAAUAAUGGGUGACAUUUCUGUGUGUGUGUUUGUAUGAGGGCGGCUGUCUGGGGUUGCUUGUGGACAGGACCUGUAGAUGAUUCUGUUUGACCAAUCACAUCUUUCUUAUUCUCAGUCUUUCCUUUUCCUUUUCAUCUUCUCCUAUGUUCUUUCUUUCUGCCUCUUUCUGUCUCUUUUUCUUCUUCCGUCUGCUGGUGC